UCCAUGGUGUUUUCAGGUGCUGUUCAGAAUGUUCAUGCAUCAUGCCUUUUAAUUGGAAACCUCUGUCUCUAAUUUGUGGUUAAAGAUAUUCAUGGGAUGACAGCAAUUUGCAUGCUAAUUGUUCUGGCUUGUUUAGAGCUUUGCAUGUUAACUACUUACUUUCUACAUGUCGCAGGAGUAUAUUUCAUUUACAAAGCUUGUGUUCUACAGAUAUCAACAAUGGAAACUAUAAACCAGGAUGUUGUGUACAAGAAUGCAGACACUUGUUACCCUGAAUAUUAUCCUCGUUUUGUCAAUGCGCCUACUGUUAUCACACUUGUUGGUCUGCCAGCAAGGGGAAAAACAUACAUGGCUAAAAAAUUGGGUCGUUAUCUCAACUGGAUUGGCAUCAAAACUAAAGUAUUUAAUGUUGGUGAGUACAGAAGAAGAGCUGUUGGUUCAGAUAAGCUGCAUGACUUUUUCAGAGUGGACAACACUGAAGCACAGACAAUUAGGAGACAGUGUGCCAUAGCCUGCCUGGAAGAUGUCAGCAAGUUUUUGAGUCGCGGAGGACAAGUAGCAAUAUUUGAUGCCACAAAUACAACAUUGGAGAGGAGAGCUUUGAUUAUGGAUUUCUGUAAAACCCGUGGAUUCAAGGUGUUUUUCAUGGAAUCCAUUUGUGAAGACCCAGAUAUAGUAGCAGCAAAUAUUAAGGUAAUGGGACAUGAAUUUCUUACAAAAGAGGAAUUUAAGUUAUGGGAAGUGUGGGUGGACUCGCCUGCUUCAUCCUUACCCCCACAGGAAGUGAAGGUCUUCAGUCCUGAUUACGUGACUGUGGAUAGAGACAUGGCUGUUGAGGACUUCAGGGAACGGAUCAAGCAUUAUGAAGAUGCUUAUCAAUCACUCUCUCUAGAGAAGGAGGGAAACCUUUCAUUUAUCAAGAUCAUUAAUGCAGGAGAGCAAUACCUUGUUAACAACAUUGACGGUUACCUUCAGAGUAGAGUUGUCUACUUUCUAAUGAACUCGCACAUCAAGAAAAGGUCAAUAUAUCUUGCAAGGCAUGGAGAGAGUGAAUUCAAUGUUCAAAAAAGACUUGGAGGCGACUCAGAUCUGACAGUCAGGGGAGAAGAGUUCUCAUUUGCUCUAGCAAGAUUCAUUGAGGAUGAGAAACUUAAAGAUUUAAAGGUUUGGACAAGUCAACUUAAAAGAGCUGUGGACACUGCACAGUAUCUCAAGGUCGUGUCAAUUGAGAGAUGGAAAGCUCUCAAUGAAAUGGAUCAUGGCAUCUAUGAUGGUAUGACCUUGGACGAAAUAAAAAAGAUGGACCCUGAAGAACACAAGGUUAUAGAGGAACAUCCGUUCAAUUACAGAUACCCCAGGGGAGAGUCGUACAGUGAUGUGUGUGCUCGACUUGAACCAGUUAUAAUGGAACUAGAAAGACAGUCCAACGUGUUGGUUAUUUGCCACGAGGCUAUCUUGCAGUGUCUCAUGGCAUACUUUUUGGACCACAGUUCAGGAGAACUUCCAAAUCUUAGUAUACCAUUUCACACGGUAUUCAAACUUACGCCCAUUGCCUAUGGAUGUAGAGUGGAGAGAUAUCCAUUGUUUGUGACUGCAAAUUCGGCUGGUGCAACUUCAGACAAGUAAGUGAUGAGUCUAGACGGCUACUUUACUUCUACACACC